UUCGUAAUUUAUGAAAUUUCCGUAAAUGCAAUUUGCAGUGCUGAGAGUGCAAGUGAAGGUUCAAGUGAAGGAAGUGAUGAAACUUCUCAAAAUGAGUCGCACGUGAAGUCAGGAGGCCAGCAGGAUUCAGGUGAAACAUCUCAGAAUGGUAGUGGUACACAUAGUUCUCAUAAUGGAGGGCCAAAUACGCCUCAUUCAAUGAUGAAUCAACCAAUGCCUGUCAUGUCAGUGUCUGGCGGCGCUGUUAGUAUUCCUGGUCCCACCACUAACCUUAAUAUUGGUAUGGACUGCUGGGCUGCAGCUCAACCAUCUGCUAUUCCUGCAAUGCAUGGUAAGGUGCCUUCUGCUCCAGUGGCUGGAGGAAUGGUCACUUCUGGAUCACGGGACAAUGUCCAAUCACAUCUUUGGAUACAGGUUUUCUUCUCUUCCUUUACAUGAUAUUUUUUUAUUCUCCUUUGACUUGGGCUUGGGGGUUUCAUGAUUUUGUCUUGCUUAACAGAGUAAAAGGUUUGGCUCUCGUGAUUUUAAGUUUCUAGUGGGUUAUUUGUCUAUACACGUGUUAAUUACUCAUCAAUUCACUCAAGAAAAAGGUUGUUCACAAUUAAUUAUUAUGAUGACCUUGCGAUGACCUCACAACUAGACUUCUUUUAAAUUUAAAAUCAAACAGUUCUUAUUUU